AGCAUGCUUCGCUUCGGUUUCCCUUUCCUGUCAUCAUGCUCCGUCCCCUCCGCAUUGUUGAAACCCUCUCUUCCCUGUCCCGAGUUUGCAUUUCUUUUCUUUUCAUUACAACAAGCAGAAUCAGCUAGGUCUUUCUUAAAACAAGCACAAACUUGAUACAACUUCCUGGAAGAAAAAUGUAAAACUACUGAGUUGCAAACUAAUUUACAAGUAUCUAAAUCUUCAUCAACACCGAUCCUCGAAAAGAAACAAACAACAAAAUGGCAUCCCCAGCAGCCCGUCCCGUGUCACCGGAGGAGGUGACUGCUCCGGAACUGACCAAGGACCUUGAGGGACACUAUUUGCAAGUGCCCUAUGAAGUUCGAAUUAGCAAUGCUAUUCGCAGUUUUUUCGGCUAUGGUCCGGACAAGACGGACCCCUCGCAUCCGAAUUGGCUGGCGAAGAACCUGAUUCGACAAGAGAUCAUGAAGUUAUGGUGUGCAGUAGCAGUUGCUCUGCCCACUUCGAUAGUAGAACAAUCACAGUAAGUAGAAAUUGAGUACGUCUACGUCGUUGAUUAUUUCAUUUGAACUCGCGUCGGUGCCGCGUUGUACUAGUACUAGCUCUCAUCUAUAAAAUCUUUACUCGCCUCCUGAUGCAUAGGCAAUUUCAUCUAACCAUCUCCGGCGGAGAAAAAGCUCAAGGACCUAUAGGACCGGAUGGGAAACCGGUGAUAGACCCCUUGAUUGAAACGCAGUUGAAGAGAAUCAAGCGGCGAAGACGCAACGCCUACUUUUUCGGUGUCUUUUUUAAGGCUCAGCUUUCAAUGGUCAUUGGGGUUGGUCACUGAGAUCCCUCUUGAGAGAACAGGGGAAAAUGAAGGAAAAGCAAAGGGAGAGGCAUGGGGCCCAUUUCUUUCAGUGUCAGUGACCAUUGAAUGCUGAGCUUUAACUUUUGGUUCCUGACUUUCACCGGAGCAUUGAUCUUCACGGGAUUGCAGUAUUUGAACACGGUCUUGCCGACAGCGAGGGAUACCUUUUUUUAGGGAAUUAGAAGAACCUUUUCUUGCUUCUCAUUCAAUAGGACGCGACCACAAUGACAUCUGUUGAACGAUCUACUGCUCUAAUUCCAACAAUCUACUGCCGGACCAGCUGUCGCACGACGCUUCGAAAAUUUUCUGGAUGAAAGUAUUUUCUCGCCUCUUCGCAUGCUCAAUAACGUGGUCCAACGUGGAUUUUGGCGGCCUUACCCCAGUAUGCAUGCGCAUGUUUCGCCGAUUGACUUCAAGCUUUUCGAAGCUUUAGUUGGUCCAACCAUCACCGCGCGACGUAGCAUCUUCCGCUUAGAAGUCGGUUUUCAAGGAACACGCCUAGACACGAACUACGCCAGUCUCCGUUUUGCGCGUAUUGGUCCGAAGGAGCAUGUCGUUCUACAGAGCGACCUGCACCCCUUUUGCCGCGAGAUCGGCAUGUUUGGGUGCGUGAAGAACAUGACGUUGCACUUCAAUCAGUGGUUCAAGCGCAUGCAGCAACAAGACUUGGCACAAAUCGUGACGCAAACGAGGCUAGCACCAACGCACCUGAACCCUUUUGAAGGAGCUGCACAAGUAGUGAGUAUGCCACCAUUUUGCGAUGUAAGAACCUCUAUAUUACGGUCAGCUUUAUUUCUCCAUCUUUCUCUGCAUCUCGCUACCCGUUUCCCUUGUAUUUCAUGGGAGACAUCAGAGGGGCCGAGAUGAGGAGACCCAGCUACGGAUUCAGGCUGCCUCUAACUAUAACUACUACAACGACUACAACCUUGGCUGCUGCAUCAUCUUCUUCCAACGACCACAACAACACGUCAUCAGCUACCUCAAACUCCACUUCCUCACCAUCAGUUGCACCAUUUACGACGGCUGCACCACCAGGCUAUGCCGAACUCGGUGGACCUGUGGAGGUAGGCGACGGACGAACAUUCGAACUACUGGAGAAAGAGCUGUUCUACCUGCGGUCGUACCCAAACUGCUCGGCGAGGUCUUAUGGCUGGAGAAAACAACAAAAUCUGCAUCGUCUGUAUCUCUUUUGCCUCUACUACACCGAGGCACUUAAUAUCUGCAUCGUCUGUAUCUCUUUUGCCUCUUCUACACCGAGGCACUUAAAAAUAGGUAGUGGAUAGACAGCGAAGAUAGCAGCUUUCUUAUUUGCAGCAGCUUUCAUUGAUACAACAACAUGACUGAUGCCAUAGCUUCACAAAAUGCGGAUCUCUCAUACAUCUUCAUCAACUUGAUUGAAGCAAUAAAUCAAAUGUCUCCAAUUACUAAGGUUGCUCAUCUUCUAAGACCCAAGCAUGCCUUUCUCCACCUGGCUCCAGGGGAAUCUGACGGCUGAGUAUAACACAGCUUACGUGACGUACAUCCAAACUGAGUUAGGGAAACAAGCGGCGGCUGCAGCUAAUGCAAGCGCACAGAAUGCUGCUGGAACGGGGGGAGCCUCUUCUAGUAGUACACCAUCUACCGGUAGCUCUAGUGGUGGCCAGAGCCUGUUGGAAAUCCUGAAUCUCACAGCUAUCGACGCCAGAGACAGACACGCACCACCUGCACAGAGCGAGUGCAUCGGACCUGGCUAUGUCUACGAUGGGCCUCGAUUAUCGGCUGCGGAGAUCCACCAACGAACGACUGAGAGGAAGUACUUCCUGAUCAAUCAGCCCAUUCAAGAACAAGUCUACGGCGAAUUCGAUCAGGAUCCAGCAGCUAGUUUCGUCGAGACCGAGUCGAGGAUUUUCACAGAAACAAUGCUGCAUCCGUCACUGGGGUACUCGACGCCGGUCAUACCACUGUAUUUUAAGUUAUGUCGCCGGGACUUGUUGUCCUACUUCUAUCCGUUUUGUAUGAUCAUGAUACCCCUGGAGUGGGUACAUUCAUUCAUUCAUUCAUUCAUUCAUACCAUCACGACGAUCGCCCAAGAACUCGAGUGGUCACUUUUUCAGAGCCUUCUUCUCACCUCUCUUCCUCUUCUAAUCGGCAUGGAGAUUCCCGAUUACCUUGACGCAGAGCAAAAUUUGAUGCUGGCGACUAUGGGUUCCAUCAACUUCUUGAUUGGACGCCUAACAGUGGAGCUAACGCAGUUUGCGCCUUACCUCUUAGAGAAAUGGAAUGGCGGAGAAAUCAUCUUUGGGUCGCAGGGAUACAAAGCUUAUAUUAUGAUCAUGGGGACGACGACGAGUUCAACAAGUCCUACUUUGCUUGUCUAGAACUUCGAAUUUGUGACAUUGAGUGUCUAGAACUUCGAAUUUGACAUUGAGUGUUUUAGGUUUUCCACAUCAAGGGUGUUGCAUAUCCUCAUUUAUCACUCUAGCAUUCUUAUGUACUUAUGAAGCACAACGACGCAUUCUUAUGUAUGAAGAACAACGACAACCGAGAGUCAUAAACUUUGUCUAAUCCCUUCGUGAACGCUCAAGGCUUGGUUGUUUGUGCCGCAUAUCUCAGUGAAAUGCUGGAACCCAUAUUAUGGGUACCGUCAAUCCAUCUUUUACACCAUCUUUCAGCCAAUUCCUUCUUGGAAUAGGCUAAAAGAUGUUCUAACAGAUGGGUUGUCGGUACCUCUAACCAUACCACUAGAUAGUAGGUACCCCAUACCAGGUGCUCAGGAAGGAGCGCCAGGCAUGGGCGCGAUCUUACAAGGCGAACUUCCCCCAGCGCAAUUACAGUACCGAAACAUCAAGAGCAUAGAUUCUCACUUCAGCGAAAUCAGCCCAGACACUCUAGCCAACGCAGACGGGAAAGAAGAAGGAGUGUUAUUAGGAAAUUAAACGGUUUUUCACAAAAACUAUAUCUUGACUGCUAAAAAAAUGAUAUUAUAAAAAUCCUUGACGGUCAACAAUUAUCAUGGUCUCGAUAUCAGCUUCGAAGUCUAGGACGGAGUUCAAGUAUAGCGUACUACUUCUCUACGGGUGACAAAAUAAUUUCUACCAAGUCCAAUGUUAAUAAUACCCCACGAAUGGGCACACUACUACUACUACUCCUACUACUAUGGAACAAGAGCUAUUAGAAAAGUACUAACUACAAGCGCAAUUUUGUCUUCUAAUCACCCUCGACGAUGGCGUCUUGAUUCGAGCAUUAAGUACCAAGGAUCCGUUGCUGACAUCUGGAGACAUCGCAAAGGGUCGCUUUUACGCUGUCAUUUGGGCAGAUUACUUCGCCUUCGCAGACACGUGGACAGUGAUCAGCAGUUACAUCAAGUUAUGAUGACUCGAACUAUCCUUCACAGACUGGGCAAUUGUCGACAAAUCUCUGCCGGUAAAGUACAAGUUACUUACUUACCUGCUUGAAGUAAGUUACGACAGGGGUGUUUCGGAAUUGGAAGAUGGCCCCUCAAACUCAAACCUCUAAUCAAGAUCGUCCUCGGCGGCUGGCCUUUUUUUCUGUUCAUCAUGGUCACAGUGCUGUACGCUAUUCGCGAAGUCGGUGUGCGCAACAAAGGUGAAUUGCGAGAAACGGCGUUGUUUGCAGCCAAGUUACACGUCCUUGGUCCAGCGGAGGUUGAGAAGGACAGACAGAAAGGCGCAGUCGAUGCAGUGCAGAAAGAUUCGAGAUAGGCGCGGAGGAAGUCAUAUGAGAGCUCCAGUAGCAGUGCAGCAAGAUUCGAAGCAGGCGUGGAGGAAGUCGUAUGAGAGUCUCUUGAGAAGAUGAGUCUCUUUGAGAGAGCAUAAUGGCAGAUGGACAUGGAGCAUGGAUUCGAAUUUGUAGUGCCAGAGUUUGUUUCCAAUAGAGCGCCACCCCAUGGUGCUGAGCGCAGCUGCGGACCCUAGGAGCACUCCAUCGCCACAGCUUAUCCGUGGACGCGGUUUCUACUGACUUUCGUACUCACAUCUAGCGCAGCAGGCCUAAUGGAUCAUUCUGAUUCUGCAACGGCACCAGCACGGCAAAGCGAGUUCAAGCCCAUUUCCGAAACUCGACCAGAACUGCGCCUCGUCAAGUCCAUUUCCGCAAGACCGAGAUCGGGCGCAAUGAGAAAACAAGCGGCAUGAACACAGAGAAAACGCAGGAAUAAAAUAAAAACACGUCUAAAUAGCGAAUUCUAAAUCCUCGUAGUGAACAUCGGGAACGACGAAUAGAGCAGUAUCUUCCAAGAAGCUCGUGUGAAAUGAAAAAAAUUAGAAAAAGAAUGUCCUCUGAAAAAGAAACCUAGCAUAAUUAAUAUACGACUGGACGAGGAAUGAACAGAUGAAGUUGCAGAGCUUCUGACUCGUUGUAAAGACUUGCGCACAGGAUGACAACACGAAAAACUACGGAGUUUACGAUUUUGCCAUGAUUGCAAUCGUGCAAUAUGUUUAGAAUGUUGAUGAUGGUCAACAUAGAAGGAGCACAAUAUGAACGU